AGCUGAGCCAAAUGAUCUGGAUCACUAAAAAGAGCCUGAAUUCCCAUCACUAUGCAACAUUGCCUUGCAACCCGGGAAAUCAAAUUUCAGAGCUCUCAUGCAAAAAGAAAAGACUCAACUUAAUAAACAUGCCAGAGCUAGUUAGUUUAAAAGUAGCAAGUCCUUACCUUAGUGUCCCACUUCUUAAUGAACCCACGUCUGCAUGCAAGACGGCGCAGAAAUAACUUUUGCUUGGACGUUAACGAACAUGGGCAGCUACAGUGACUCCACCAGUGACCUCGACGAAGAGUUGCCUGUGUUUGACUUCCUCAGCCAAGUCUCCAAGAGCCGCACAGAGAAACCAAACUCUGAUGCCGUGUUCUCCACAGCGAAGGUCAAUUCGGGCGCAUGUGCGGAAGCGCCUGAUGUAAUGAUGAUCAGCAGCGAAUCUGAUGACGAUGCACCUUAUGUCCCUCUGGCACUGAGACUCAAACAGAGACAAGACAAUGUGAUUAGCGCCUCCUCCGUUGUCACUAAUGGGAAAGAUGCUGAGUACCCUUCGCCGUCCAAUCUGGCCGGCGCGCAGCUCUCCUGCCAGAAUGGGUUUUUGGAGUCAGAGCUCAGCUCCCGGCAGGUGAGAACAGUGAGCCUAGAUGGCCCAGAUGAGGUGACGGCCUCUUCUGCCAAGACAAAACCUGCCAAGCGGACGGCGGAUGAGAUCCAGAGCUCCAGGGAGGACGCUCUGAAGAGGAGGCAGGCCAGAGAGGGACAGCAGAAGGACAAGGAGGUGCUCAGGCAGGAGCAAGAGAGACAGAAAGCAGAGAGGAAAGCUCUGGCAGAGGCUUCCAAGGCCUUGAGGCCGGAGGAAUGUAUCAAGCACAUGGUGGUGGCUGUGGAUCCAGCUCUCUUACAGCUGGAGGGAGGCGGGACUCUGCUGGUGGCGGUGCAGGCUCUGGGUUGUAGCUGCGCCGUCGAGAAACAACCCCUCCCACGCAGUGUCAGCUGGAUGAGGAGGGCUCCCUGUGCACAGCCAGACGAUGGAGUGUGUGUACCAGAGGCCCACGUUGUGAUGCAGAUGACAGUUGACGACUUCAUCACUCUGAUCCACGGCUACAUUCAGGAAGAGAACCAUGGCAGGUCUGGCUGCGGUCCCACUCUAACGUCCUGGGUGCAGGAGCAGCAGAGGCGUCACCCCGCUAAGAUCCUCAGCCUGGCGGUCAUCAACCUGGAGAAAUACUUCAAAUCCCAGAAGUCACAAAGCCAGAAGCGGUUUCGAGAGGCUGUCGCUGGGGAGGAGCGAGGGGGAGGGAAAGUGAAGAAGAGGAGGAAGAAUGGUGGAGAGGAGGUGCGACCUGAGGUGUCACGGAUUGAAGUAGAGGAGGCAGUGGUGCAUCUCCAGCUUCACACCGGCGUCUCUGUCCGCAUUUUACCAACCUGGAAAGACUUCUCAGAUCACAUCGCCAUGACAACCAAAGCGGUUGCAGAAGCCCCUUUCAAGCGAGAGAGGGAGAAGACGGGCUUCUCGUUCUACCUGGAGAGCGAGUGGGCGGGGGGGCAGCGGGUGGAUAAAGCUGGGAAGGGACUGCUGCAGGUGUGGAAGAGACAGAUCCAACAGUUCAACAGAGUCAGUCCAGACAUGGCCUCAGCCAUCCUGGCAGCUUAUCCCUCCCCACAGCUGCUCAGGAAGGCUUACAAUCGGUGCAAGACCGACCGCGAGAGGAUCUCCCUGCUGUCUGACCUUCUGAUCCGCAGAGGAGAGGGCGUCACCUCCACGACUCGGCGCGUCGGGCCGGAACUUUCCAAACGCCUCUUCCUCAUGAUGAACUCCUGCGAUCCUCAGCAGACUCUGGACUCCACCGUCUGACCUUUGAAAUUAGAUUUUUCUCAUCUUGUGUGACUGUGGCAGUUUCUGUUUACAACAUUUGAUUUUAUACUAUGUAGUUAGAAUUCUGUUUUUAUUACAUUACAUUUUUGUUAUGUAUAUAUUUUAGCCUUAUAAAAAAUUACAUUUUUGAAGAUCGUUAUCAUUAAGUAAUUGUUUAUAAGAUAUGUAAUUAUGCAAUGAUUUAAGGGAAAUUCUUCGUAUUUUUCAAGGUGGGUGUUAUUCUCAAAUUGCGUUCAUUCUGACUAGGGGUGGGGGGAAAAAAUCGAUUGACCAGUGCAUUGUGAUUUUUUUUUUUUUUUAUGAUUUUAAAAUCGAUCACGUUACAUGUCCCUUAUAAAUUAAAAAGAAAAUACCACUAA